AUCUUGUGCUUAUUAAUUCUGUAAAACUAGCAACAAGCCAUUAUAAAAUAGGAACUGAUCUCAAUUUUUGGACAAAAUUGAAGAGUGCUUUUAACUAAGAAGAUGGAGCAACCGAUUGGAGCCAUUAUCAGUGCAUUAAUUAUUGUCCUUUCUCUAGCGGCUUAUACACAUUGCCAGGAACCGUCCGAACAAAAUAUCGACCUACUUAGACAGUUAUUGGAAGACAAUAUAGACAUCGUUCCAAAUGAAGACCUGGCCAACGAUGAAGAGGAGGAACUCGAGUCAGGAUAUAUCCCUCUGCAGGUCCCUGAGAGUCGAGGUCCCUCCUUUGAAAAAAGGGGUUUCUGUGGACCUAGAGGUUGUGGCCGAUGGUGGCUGAGACAAAGGAAAUCCAACCGACGUCAACGGCGACCUAAAAGGCUUUUCUGUAAUUUUGGAGGUUGUUUUAAUGGAAAGCGAAGUUUACCCCUAAGAUCAAAGUUCUUUCUAGGAGGAAAAAAGUAACUCACUGACUUGGUUCUCCGUCAUCAUUCAUUGUCAAGCAUGACAACGUCCUGUUCUUUAUUUUUAUAUAAAUUUCAAUAAUUCAAAUGUUUAAUUCCUGGCAUAUCUUUCACAAAGUACAUCAUUUUUUUGGAAGACAAUAUAGACAUCGUUUGUGAAUUUGUGAAUUCUUUGUGAAUUUCACACUGCAAAUGUGUGAUAAUUUGUUUGUAAUGUACUUUGUACAUGGAUUUUUUUUCUUAAUAUUAUUUGUAUUGUAUGUGUAUAUUUGUAAAUAGAAACUCUGCUUCUGGUCAAAUGUCAUUCUGUUUCUACUUUCAAAUUUUCGAACAUCAUGGAAUUAAAACAAUAGAAAAAUAUCA